AUGUUCGAAGACUUCUCCUUCACAUCGCCAUCGUCGCGACCCGCCCGCCUCACCCUCGACCCGGACGACCGACUAAUGGUCGACAGCGACAGCACCCUAAUCUCACCACUCUCCUCACGCUGUCCAUCACCGCAAUCCCAUCGUUUCCGCAACAUCUCUCGCUCGCGCUCCUCCCACUUCCAUCGCAACCAACAACCCCCAACUUCCGUCCCCUUCCCCUAUGACUCGGACAACAAACGACUAUCCAUCUCGACCCUGACCCAAAAACUACACGAACACACCCUCGCACCAACAGCCGACCUGCAACCCCAGUAUACCAACACCCACCGAACCGGCAGACACACAGCCUCACGCUACCCCGGCGCAGGCUACGUCCUCACGCCCCCGGACACAGACCACUCGGACGACUCCGGCGUCGACUGUCUCUCCUCGCCCUCCGCCUCCUCAACAACAAGCCCAACAUUCAUGCCCCCAGACCUCAUCUCCGAGUUACCGGAUUUCGGCCUCGGACACACCUUCCACCAGCCCAAUCCCUACCACCAGGACGUUCGCACGCAGCGCCAGCAGAUCUCCAGACUGCAAUGCAACGAGUCUGAGGUCGAGGCUAUGCAGCGCUCGCUGCUAGAAGAGCCGCCGGCGCCGGACUGCUGCGAUGAAGAUGACUGUCAUCCUAGUUCGUUGCCGCUGCGGUCGUCGCCGCGUAGGAGGGCGGUUACGCUUGCGCGCAGUCGGUUUGGGCCGGAGGGGGGCGGUGAGGGGAGGGCGAGGAGGAAAAGUUCUUCGGCGGGUGUUUUGGCUAGUCGGGUUGAGAAGAGUCACUACAGUGGGUUUGGGAAGAGGAAUGAGCAGGGGCUUAGGAGGAAGAGUCUUGUUAGUGCGGCUUUGGCGUCGAUGGUUGAGAGGGAUGAUGAUUGA